AUGUCUGAGUAUUUGAGCAUCCUUAAGAAGCAAAAAUUUAAGUCAGAGAUUCAGUAUUCUAAUACAAAUUCGGAUCUCAACUAUGCAAAACAAUUGCUGGCAGACAAACCUUUUGUUAUUUUAUUUAUUCCGCAAGAAAUGCUACUAUUCUGGCAUGGUUUGAAAAGUAAGGUAAACGGCGUGUCGUUCGUCGACCUCUUACAAGCAACUCAACCACUACCGUUUAUCUUAAAACAAAGUAAUGCAUUGGAGAAAAGAAUAGCCGACCUCGCAUAUAUUGCUAAACGUGAAUGUCAUGGUAAAUCUGGUAGGAGGAGAGUAGAAGCGCUUGCAAAGUGUCGAAGAAUGAAAGUGUGUGAAGCUGAAAUUGUUGCCAAUGCAAACGUGUUGCUGAGCGAGGUCAAGAAAAAUGAGGAGACCAUCAGACAUUUAAAAGACGAAAUACUUGAACUGGAAGAAAGAUGUGCUGUGCUCUAUGCUGAAAUCCUGGAGGAAAGAGAGAAACAAAAUAAAAAAGCAAAAGAGGCAAGAGAUUGCGAAAUUAAUAUCGAUUUAUUAAGGGAGGAAAAUGAAGACCUUUUCAAGUACAUUGAACAUAUUGAAGAGAUCAAUUCGUGUAGAAAUUGUGCGGAAGAUCUAGAAAAUAAAAGCAGCACUAUUCCUGAAGUCGGUGUUAGGCAACAACAGAGAAAAUUAAAGGAGCUUAAAACAAGAGCCCAAAGAGCUCUGUGGUUUGUUGAGUCCUAUGGUCUUUCCAUACAGAGCCUAUCACUCACAGACCCAAACAAUAAAGCACUGACAUUGGAAUUAGGUACACAACAAGAGAACAACACCAAGUCAAAAUUUGAAGAUAUUCCUCAUGACGACCAAGAAAAGAUCAAGAUGGUCCUGCAUAUCAUGGACAGAUUUUGUAUCGGUGAUGCUGCUUACCAUGCCUUGUCGGUUCAGGCGGGUGGCUUACCCAAAGGAUACCUCAUCAAACAAUGCCGCAAUGAAAUCAACAAAUUAUUUUCUAUAACCAGAACUCCUGGUGAGUUAGUCGGUGCACAGCUGAGUGUCCGGGAUGAGCUAACACGACAAAUCAGAGAAAAGGUAAAUGUGCAUUUUUAAAGUAAACAAUAGGGAUGGGUGGUGGUUGUGGUAGUUACCAUGUCUGCAGCAUUAGGUUGUUUCAGAAAAGAUCUACAUCAUAACCCAUAUUGACAUUAAACUCUUGUUUUCAGAUGAAACAAGGCGAACAUGACACCCACAAAGUGAAGAUAUCUGAGGAUGGGGCAAAAAUAUCACGAAUAUCAAGCUACAUUGUUAUGUCAUUUUCACUUCUGGCUGAUAAAAAGGAAGUGAUGUCUGUAAAAGGUGAUUAAAUGACUGAGAGUUCUGCACCAAUCAAUGUUUAGCCCCAGGGGAGGGGGAUAGGCAACCCAGAGAGAUUUGACCAUCGCAUGGCAGAGAAACAUUAAAAAAUGUCAAAUCCCCCUGGGUUUGCCAGUCCCCCUCCCCUGGGCUUAACAUUGAUAUGUGCAUUAAAUUAAGGGAACUUCCUACAGCACUGGUUGGAACCCAUCGGUUAAAUGUAGUAUGGGCACUUAUUCAACAAUAACACUCUUUACCAUUUUCUAACAUGAAUAAUGUAGGUUUUUCUCUUUAGGAAACCAUGCAUUUGCCAUAGUAUGUGGGAAAGAAUGCUAUGAGAACAUAAGUGUUUCUUUUCAAAAGUCAUUUGAUGAAAUAAAUGCACUUAUUGAAGCCGGAGAAAUUGAGGUGGAUGGAAAGAAAAUCAAAUUGGAAUUCUUUCUUGGGGGAGAUUACAAGGUGAUGACAAUAAACAGUAGAUUUUUUACUCAACAGUAGACACCACACUCCCAGACUGAUAGGUAAAUUGUAAUAUACUUCAUUUUUAUUAUAGUUUCUUCUACUAAUUCUGGGCAUGAAUGCAGCAAACUGAAACUGCUCCUGCAUCUACUGCAAGAUACACAAGGACGAAAGGUAAAAAAACUCAAGUCAACAUUUAAAACAUUGUAUAUAGUACACAGAGUUGCCCGCAGAGAAGGCUAGUAUAUUAUUAUGCUUGUGAUGUUACUCUGAGUGUAUAUCCAUACCGGGCAAGCUUGAAAAAUAUGCCUGGCCAUACACACUCAAGAGUAUACACUCAGAGUAACAUCACAAGCAUCAUUUUCGCCUGAGUACAUUGCACCAACACAGAAAAAAUCAUAGUAUAUUAUUAUUAAUUUUAAAGUAAAGACAGUAUGAAUUAACUGUUCUCCUUAGAUUUGACAUGAGCAAGCCAGAAUCAUUUUAUUGGUCCAAAAAACUACAAAGAACAUUGGAAGACAAUAAGAAUCUUUGUAAAAAUAAGAAAGACCACUAUGGUUGCAUUAACCCACCACUACUUAAUAUACCAAUUGAAAAUGUUAAGGUGGAUGAACUUCACCUUUUGUUGCGAAUAACAGGUAAUAUAUUUUUACAUAUACUGUACAGUGUAUUUAUAGAUACGCAAUGUCUACCUAAUAUAAACUAUUUAUUAACCACAAUAUAUUUACAAAUCUUUAGAUAUAUACACAUACAGUAUAUACAAAUGUAUACAUUUUAUAUACUGUAUGUGUACAGUAACUAUAUGUAUAUGUAAGUCAAAUUUGGUUAAAUUUGUUAGAGAGUGCUCCAUAUCAGAGCAAAGUAUACAGUAGGUGCCUCAGAGUUUGUCUGAAUAUUCCAUUUAGGAUGAAAUGACAGUAGAACCGACAUAUUCAAGAAAAUAUCUAUUUAAAUCUUGAAAAUCUUACAUCCUUUACUUAACUAUGCUUUUAGAUAUCCUUGAAAGAAAUAUUCUGCUUACUGCUAUUAGGCGUGAUUUGUGUGAAGACAAAUCCAAGAGAGCCAAAGAGCCGAGAGGAUUACACUUAAAAAAUACUGUGAAAGUGAUAAAUUCUUGUGGUGUCACAUUCAGUGUUUGGGAAAAAUUGGAUGGUAAUGGGAAAAAACAAGCAAGUACGAGUGGACAAGCCUGGUCGGUGAUGAGAAGAAAAAAUUACUUCGGAAUUUGCCUCACAAAUUUGAUAAAUUUCUGAAACCAGAAACAUGUGAAACCACAAAACAAAUUUGGCAGGUCAGUAAUUUGGUUUUAAAAAAUUCCUUGAUAAAGAGCCUUCACUCUAGAAUAUUUCUAUAUUUCAAGCUGAUGAGAAUUAUACCCUAUGGAUUCCCAUUUCAAGACCUUGGUUUAAUUGUCGAUGUUUAAGUAACUAAUUGUAUUGCUUCUGUUAUUUUUGAAUAAAGGACUUUGAAAAGUUAUACAAUAUUAUUACUGACUGGUCACCUACACAGGAACAAAAGGAUUCUUUUUUUGGUCAUGUAUGUUUAUCCAUUCAGUUGAACCCUUUAUACACCAUAGAAUUGAAUUCAGUAACAAAAACAAAUUUCAAUAUUCUUAGGCAACUGAAUGGGUCAAAUUAUUCUUGACACUUAAUUAAAGAUAAAGAAGAAGGGUAUGGCAAGGCAAAUAUAACUCCAUACAUACAUGUGCUUGUGUAUCACGUACCAAGGUUUUUUCAAAACUCUGGUGUUAAAAUCUUUACUGGUCAGGGAGUUGAGAAAACAAAUGAUGUUGUUCGCUCCAUUUAUCAUAAUAAAUCAAAUAAGCAUGAGGGAUGUAAAGACACUCUUCUGGCACUAAAACGACUAGACUGUCUUAAAGAUUAUGAACGGAUGCCAAACAAAUAUGUUAAAAAGAAUGAUGAAUAUUGGCCAACCGACAUCUUUGAAGAGAGAAGAAAGCGUCCCCGCUUAAGUGACGCCUAG